AUGAUGAAGGAGCCGCAUCAGAAUCAGAUGGUGGUCAUCAGCACCCGCAGGCUACUCAUCCUGCUGGUGCUGUUGGGAUUCGCCGCGGUGGCGGAGGCGACGGUGCCGGCGGCCAGCACGGUGGUGGCCGGCAUGGUGUUCUGCGACCAGUGCAAGGACGGCGCCAAGGGACUCUUCGACUACCCGCUCUACGGCGCGCGCGUGGCCAUCCAGUGCGGCGGCGGCGACACCCCGCUGACGGUGCGGGAGAGCAACACCAACUGGUUCGGCGGCUUCUCCGUCCGCAUGGAGGGAUCCCCGGACAUGAACCGCUGCACGGCGCGCGUCGUCCAGGGGACGGGACACUGCGGCGGCGCCGCGACGUCCCCCGGCGCGCCGCGCGAGCUCACGCUCGCCUUCCGCAUGCUGGGCCUCGCGCUCUACACCGUGCCGCCGCUGCUCUCGCAGCCGGAGGAGGCCAUGGACUUCUGCCCGGGACACGACAGGUCAACACGCGGCGGCAGCAGGCCACCCGUCGCCCAGGCGCCGGCGCCGGCUUCCUCUUCUCCGCUCCCGCCCUUCUGGCGCCGCAGGCCAAGGCUCCUGCCGCCCGUCUGGCGAAAACCGCCAACGAAUUGGCCGCAGGAACAGCCCCACCAGCCGCAGGAGCCACAGCCACAGCCACAGGUCCUGCCGCCGCCGCCUCCUCCUCCUCCAACGGCACCAUCGCAGGGCUCCGCCUGCACCUACGACAUGUGGGCGUCGCCGGACCACCGCUGCCACUGGAAGGUGCUGACCCCGAACACGACGGUGGCCAUGGCGUUCGGGCCCCUGGCGGCGCAGCGGUACGGGUCGGAGCUGACUCUCAGGGAGGCGCUGGAGGGCCGCGGCGACAUGUACCGGACGCUGCUCCGGGAGGCCACGGCGGCGCUGCUCAACGCCUACUACAACGCCCCCGGGGGUCCCUUCCUGUACCCGACCACGGCCAGCGUCAUGGACCACAUGAACGGCGCGCUCCUCAGCUCCGGCCAGAGGGUGCUACUGGAGGGCGCGCGCUUCCGCAGGGCCAAUGCCGGCGGUGGAGGACCAGCCGGACGGACAAGGCUGCCGUGCGACUUCACGCCCUGCGGCAGCUGUGCGCCUCCUCCCGCUGACUGA